GCCCGACAGUGUCUGCAGACUUCCAGCCUCCCCUUCUUCAGCGUGGAGGCCAAGAAUGAGCACCGCGGGGGCUCAGCCGUCUCCUGGGUGAAGGAGCUCUCAGUGGAAGUCAAUGGCUACAAGAUUCUCAUCCCCAAAGGAAGCUAUGGGAAAGUCAAGGUUAAUGACCUAGUGACUUCUUUGCCCGUCACCUUAGACUUGGGGGCGGUGAAAAUCUACCAGAGUGGCAUGUCUACUGCCGUGGAAACGGAUUUUGGGCUCUUAGUGACUUUUGACGGCCAGCACUACGCCUCCAUUUCCAUCCCAGGCUCCUAUAUAAACUCCACCUGUGGGCUCUGUGGCAACUACAACAAGAACCCACUGGACGACUUCCUGCGCCCCGACGGCAGGCCGGCCAUGUCCGUCCUAGACCUGGGAGAGAGCUGGCGUGUCUACCACGCGGACUGGAAGUGUGACUCCGGCUGCGUGGACAACUGCACGCAGUGCGACGCCACCGCUGAGGCCCUCUACUUUGGCCCCGACUACUGCGGCUUCCUCAACAAGACGGACGGCCCCCUGUGGGAGUGCGGCACUGUCGUGGACCCCACAGCCUUUGUGCACAGCUGCGUGUACGACCUGUGCAGCGUGAGGGACAACGGCACGCUCCUCUGCCAAGCCAUCCAGGCCUACGCCCUCGUGUGCCAAGCCCUUGGCAUUCCCAUUGGAGACUGGCGAAUCCAGACUGGGUGUGUGUCCACGGUGCAGUGCCCGAGCUUCAGCCACUACUCGGUGUGCACCAGCAGCUGCCCGGACACGUGCUCGGACCUGACGGCCUCGCAGAGCUGCGCCACGCCCUGCACGGAGGGCUGCGAGUGCAACGAGGGCUUCGUGCUCAGCACCGGCCAGUGCGUCCCGCUGCACAAGUGCGGCUGCGACUUCGACGGCCACUACUACGCCAUGGGGGAGUUCUUCUGGGCCACGGCCAACUGCACCGUGCAGUGCCUGUGCGAGGAGGGCGGGGACGUCUACUGCUUCAACAAGACGUGCCGCAGCGGGGAGGUGUGCGCCGUGGAGGACGGCUACCAGGGCUGCUUCCCCCGGCGCGAGACCGUGUGCCUGCUCAGCCAGAACCAGGUGCUGCACACCUUCGACGGCGCCGCCUACGCCUUCCCCGCCGAGUUCUCCUACACGCUGCUCAAGACCUGCCCCGAGCGCCCCGAGUACCUGGAGAUCGACAUCAACAAGAAGAGGCCCGAUGCGGGGCCUGCUUGGCUGCGCGGCGUUCGCAUCCUGGUGGCCGACCAGGAGGUCAAGAUAGGGGGCGUCGAGGCCUCGGAAGUCAAGUUGAACGGCCAGGAAGUGGACUUGCCUUUUUUCCAUCCUUCGGGGAGGCUGGAAAUCUACCGAAACAGAAACAGCACGACGGUGGAGUCCAAGGGCGUGGUGGCCGUGCAGUACUCAGACGUGGGCCUGCUGUACAUCCGGCUGUCCACCGUGUACUUCAAUUGCACGGGGGGCCUCUGCGGCUUCUUCAACGCAAACGCCAGUGACGAGUUCUGCCUGCCCACGGGCAGGUGCACAGACAACCUGGCGGUGUUCCUGGAGAGCUGGACGACGUUCGAGGAGAUCUGCAACGGGGAGUGCGGGGACCUGCUGAAGGCCUGCAACAACGACUCGGAGCUGCUCAAGUUUUAUCGGAGCCGCUCCAGGUGCGGCAUCAUCAACGACCCCUCCAACAGCUCCUUCCUGGAGUGCCACGGGGUGGUCAACGUCACCGCCUACUACCGCACCUGCCUUUUCCGCCUGUGCCAGAGUGGCGGCAACGAGUCGGAGCUCUGUGACGCCGUGGCCCGGUACGCCAGUGCCUGCAAGAAUGCAGACGUGGAGGUGGGGCCCUGGCGGACCUAUGACUUCUGCCCUCUGGAGUGCCCGGAGAACAGCCACUUCGAGGAGUGCAUGACCUGUACGGAGACCUGCGAGACCCUGGCGCUGGGCCCCAUAUGUGUGGACACCUGCUCUGAGGGGUGUCAGUGUGACGAGGGCUAUGCCCUGCUGGGCAGCCAGUGUGUCACCCGGAGCGAGUGUGGCUGCAACUUCGAGGGGCACCAGCUUGCCACCAACGAGACCUUCUGGGUGGACCUGGACUGCCAGAUCUUCUGCUAUUGCAACGGCACAGACAACAGCGUCCACUGUGAGACCAUUCCCUGCAAGGAUGACGAAUUCUGCAUGGAGGAGGGCGGCCUGUACUACUGCCAGCCCCGCACUGACGCCUCCUGCAUUGUCUCGGGCUACGGCCACUACCUCACCUUUGACGGCUACCCCUUUGACUUCCAGACCAGCUGCCCGCUCAUCCUGUGCACCACAGGAAGCAGGCCGAGCUCGGACUCCUUCCCCAAGUUCAUCAUCACAGCCAAGAACGAGGACCGGGACCCAUCCCUGGCCCUGUGGGUGAAGCAGGUGGACGUGACUGUGUUUGGCUACAGCAUUGUGAUUCACCGGGCCUACAAGCACACCGUGCUGGUCAACAAUGAACGGCUCUAUCUGCCCCUGAAGCUGGGACAAGGGAAGAUAAAUAUCUUUUCCUUUGGCUUCCACGUGGUGGUGGAAACCGACUUUGGCCUGAAGGUCGUGUACGACUGGAAGACCUUCCUGUCCAUCACGGUGCCCCGCAGCAUGCAGAACAGCACCUACGGCCUGUGCGGCCGCUACAACAGCAACCCCGACGACGACCUGGAGAUGCCCAUGGGUCUGCUCGCGUCCAGCAUCAGUGAGUUUGGGCAGAGCUGGGUGAAAAGGGACACCUUCUGCCAGGUGGGCUGUGGGGACCGCUGUCCGUCCUGUGCCAAGGUUGAAGGUUUCUCCAAGGUGCAGCAGCUGUGCAGCCUGAUCCCCAACCAGAACGCCGGCUUCUCCAAGUGUCACAGCAAAGUCAACCCCGCCUUCUUCUACAAGAACUGCCUGUUCGAUUCUUGCAUCGACGGGGGCGCGGUGCAGACCGCCUGCAGCUGGCUGCAGAACUACGCCAGCACCUGCCAGACGCAGGGCAUCACGGUCACCGGCUGGAGGAAUUACACGUCCUGCUGUGAGUCCUCCCUCUUACGUUCCCCGUGGCUUCUCCUCAUUCCUGAUUGGCUGGGGAGGCCAGUCUUCCAACUCCAUAGAAGUCAGCGCACACCGAGUAGAGCGAUUUAAGGACGUGCAACUUUGGAAUUGAGUUUGUUA